GAGACAGACAGAGACACAGAGAGAGAGAGAAGCUUUUUUAUGAUAAAUACGGAUAGAUAAAUUCUUGACGAUUCAAUCUUCAUCCUUGCUGCUUUACUCCUCCUUACUUCUGCUCAGCUCCUGACGAUUUUGAUUCGUCCCUGUCGCGCGUGAGCAUCCCCUCCCCCCACCCAAUCCGCACGUGGGAACCCUCUCCCCCGGCCCCCCGGGUGUCAACCCCUCGCCAAUCCUCAGCCUUUCCGAUCAGUCGCCGGAAUUCCCCCGCCGAUCGCCGCCGGCUCCGAUUACCCCCCCGUUUCUUGCAAUUCCAGCUGCUUCAGGCUGUGAUCGCGCGCGCAUUUUGUGCAAUUGGGCGCAAUUUCUUGCGGAACUUGGUCUGGCCGUCGCUGAUUGAGCUGCCUGGCUGGAGUCGAAUACGACAGGGCUGUGAUUGAGGGGGUUUUUGAUUGCUCGUUCAACCCCAGGUAGAAGAGAGGCAUGUACAGACCUCCCUGGAGCAGUGUGAUUGAGUCUCUGAGCUGCCGCUUGAUCUGACCUUGCUGUGCGAGGAGAAGGAGAGGAACAAGAUGAAUGUGCAGGCCCACAUGUCAGGACAAGUGCCCGGGCAUGUGCCCAAUCAAACGGCGGCUCAAGUGCCCCAGAGGAAUGGGAAUCCGUCCCCUUACCCUGUCCAGAGUAUAGGACCUGCAGUCGGUGCUCCCAGCACGAUGAACAUGGAUCCGGAACUUCUCAAGGCUCGAGGAUAUAUGCAGGAAAAGAUCUUCAUGUUCUUAGUUAAGCGGCAGCAGCAGCAGCCAAUUAAUGAAGCUCAACUGCAGAAGUUUAAGGAUAUAGUUAAGCGGUUAGAAGAAGGCCUAUUUAAGUUGGCUCGCACACAGGAGGAAUACAUGAAUCUGGCUACUUUGGAAUCCCGUUUGCAUAAUUUGCUCAGGCGCUCUCGUCAUCCACCCGCUUCCUCAGCCAUGAGUACAAUGAUACCAACACCAGGGAUGCAGCACGCUGGGAACUCAAACGUAACCGUGACAUCUUCACUUGAUGCUACUGCAAAUGCUACUAACAGUGUACAGACAACACCUGCCACAUCCUCAACCCUUAUGCCAAAUGGUGGUCUGCCCAACCGAACUUUGAACAGAGCUGAUGGAUCACUCUCAAAUGGGUAUCAGCAAGCACAAUCACAUUUUUCCAUGGGUUCUGGUGGACAUAACAUGCAACCUUUGGGCGUUCAGAGGAUGAACAGCCAGAUGAUACCAACUCCCGGUUUUAACAAUAAUAGUAGCAGUCAGGUUUUUAUGAAUGUUGAGGCUUCUAAUAGCAGUGGAAGGUUCUCCACAGCUGAAUCUGCUAAUACAGCAUCACAUAGCCAGCAUCAAAAGCUGCAUGUUGGUGGUCAGAAUAGCAGCCACAUGUUUCAUGGCCAGUCAACUGAUGGGAUUCGGUCUGGAAUGCAGCAGAGAUAUGGCUUUCCAAAUGGAGCCCCAACCAGUGGUUUUUCAAUGGUCGGCAAUAAUAUGCAGCUUGCCAAUGGAGCUAGCACCUCUGAUAGUGCCACGCCUUAUGGGAGUUCUCCAAAGAUUUCGCAGCAUCACUUUGACCAGUAUCAUCGGCCAUCGAUACAGGGUGAGGGAUAUGCAAGCAGUAUGGAUGCGUCAAUGAAUUCACAAUCUAUAUCUAAAUCAAACACAUCUUUGGUCACCACUCAUUCAAAUUUGCCAAGUUCACAUCAGGCUGCACUAUCCUUGAGAGAGAAUCUUUUACCAGCUCACCAACAACAGCAAUUUCAGCUACAAUCUCACUUCCAGCAGCAGCCGCAGCAGUAUUUACAUCAGAAGCAGCAAUUGCAGCACAACCAGCAGCAUCAACACAUUAAUGAUGCUUAUGGUCCUUCUCAGGGAACAUGUGAAAUAGGGAACCAACUUAAACAAGAGCCUGGAGGGGAUCACCGUGAUGAGAUUAUGCAACCACCGACUUCUGAGCAUCUGCAGUUAUCUGAGUUUCAGAACCAGUUUCAGCAAAUCUCCACUGAAGAAAAUUCAAGAGCGCAAUUUAUCCCUGUCCCAUCUGUCCAGCACAAUGUUGGCCCUUCGUUGUCUCAAAAUGCUCAGCAGAUACAGAGAUUGUCACAACCAGGGCAACUUGUGGAUUCUCGAAGUGAGUUUAGCCAUCUCCCUGUUGGAAUGCCACCAGAAUCAGUGCCUCAAGGUCAGUGGCAACCUGGAUCACAGGAUGGGAAUGCAACUAAUAUCUCAGGAAAUCAAACAUAUGAGCAGCGCAUCAAAGAUGAGUUCCAUCAGAGGGUCUCAGGACAAGAGGAAGCUGAGUGCAAUAACGUUUAUACAGAAGGAUGCUCUGGUAGUUUUGCUUCUCAAGGCACAGCAGGGACUGGCUUAGGUAACUCCAGCUGUAAGUCUGCAUCAACGGAACCCGAGCGCAACUUUUUCAACCAACGGAAGUGGCUUUUGUUUCUGCGUCAUGCUCGUCGAUGUAAUGCUCCCCCAGGGAAAUGCCAGGCCGUGCAUUGUGUUGUUGCUCAAAGAUUGAUAAGACACAUGGAAAGCUGCAGCUUACCUCAGUGCCCUUUUCCUCGCUGUCGUGCUACCAAAGUGCUUGUCAAUCAUCACAAGCGUUGUGUUGACCCAGGGUGCCCUGUAUGCAUCCCUGUGAAAGCUUACCUGCAGGGACAGCAGCUGAAGUCACGCAUCCGUGCUAAUUCUGCUUCCCCGCUUCCCAAUUCUGUUGUUGGAUCUUGUAAACCUUCAAAUUCCGGGGAAAAUUCGAUGAUGGGCAUCCCUAUGAAGCCACCCUUGAAUGAAACCUCAGAAGAACUAAUGCCUUCUCAAAAACGUAUGAGGGCAGAUGUGCCGUCUCAACCUCUUAAGAUUGAGAGUGAAAACACAGCGGAAUUGGUGUCUAUCCUUGAGCAUACUGCUUCUCAGGUUGGUUUAAACCAAGAUCAGCAUACCAUGCCAGUGAAGAAGGAAUUCACAGAUAUGAAGAUGGAAGUUUCUGCCAGUUCUGAACACAAGAGCCCUUUCACUGGUGAGUCAAGAAAUGAAGAUAUGGAUAACGUCUCAAAUCAGAGGCCUGACGUCGAACCAGUGAAGGAGACUCCCAAACAGAACAACAACCAGUUGGAUAAAGAAGCUGAUCAAGUUAAGCAGGAGAAUAAUGAUCGGCCUGAUGAACCUGCUGCAGUCACCAAGUCUGGGAAGCCAAAAAUAAAAGGAGUGUCAUUGACCGAACUUUUCACCCCAGAGCAAGUAAGAGAGCACAUCAUAGGUCUGAGGCAGUGGGUUGGCCAGGGACCACUUGCGACUAUCAGUAAUCUGUCGGCUUUUUCUGGAUUAAUAAAGAGUAAAGCUAAGGCGGAAAAGAAUCAAGCAAUGGAGCAUUCAAUGAGUGAGAACUCAUGCCAAUUGUGUGCUGUAGAGAAGCUCACUUUUGAACCUCCACCUAUUUAUUGCACACCUUGUGGUUCUCGAAUCAAGCGAAAUGCAAUGUAUUAUACUGCGGGAGCUGGGGAUACCCGGCACUAUUUUUGUAUUCCAUGCUACAAUGAGGCUCGCGGGGAUACUAUUGUUGCUGAUGGAAUGACAAUUCCUAAGUCAAGACUUGAGAAGAAGAAAAACGAUGAAGAGACUGAAGAAUGGUGGGUUCAAUGUGACAAGUGUGAAGCAUGGCAACAUCAAAUCUGUGCCCUUUUUAAUGGUCGGAGAAAUGACGGAGGACAGGCUGAAUAUACCUGCCCUAAUUGCUACAUCGCCGAGGUUGAAAGAGGGGAAAGGACACCCUUGCCUCAAAGUGCUGUGCUUGGGGCCAAGGAUUUACCGAAAACGAUCCUCAGUGACCAUAUAGAGCAGAGGCUAGCUAAAAGACUUAAACAAGAAAGGCAGGAUAGGGCAAAGUUUCACGGAAAAAGUUAUGAUGAGGUUCCUGGAGCUGAAUCCCUUGUUGUGAGAGUUGUUUCAUCUGUUGACAAGAAGUUAGAAGUGAAGCAACGGUUUUUGGAAAUUUUUCAAGAAGAGAAUUACCCGACAGAGUUUCCCUACAAAUCAAAGGUCAUUCUGUUGUUUCAAAAGAUUGAAGGUGUAGAGGUGUGCUUAUUUGGGAUGUAUGUUCAAGAAUUUGGAUCAGAAUGCCAGUUUCCGAAUCAGCGCCGAGUCUAUCUUUCGUACCUGGAUUCUGUCAAGUAUUUUAGGCCCGAGGUUAAGGCAGUGACGGGAGAAGCUCUGCGUACAUUUGUCUAUCAUGAAAUUUUGAUUGGAUACCUCGAAUACUGCAAAUUACGUGGAUUCACAAGCUGCUACAUUUGGGCAUGCCCCCCAUUGAAGGGCGAAGAUUAUAUUUUGUACUGUCAUCCUGAAAUUCAGAAAACCCCCAAAUCAGAUAAACUCAGGGAAUGGUAUCUGGCUAUGUUGAGGAAAGCCAUGAAGGAGAAUAUAGUUGCUGAUCUCACUAAUCUAUACGAUCACUUCUUCACGUGCACUGGUGAAUGUAAGGCAAGGGUCACAGCUGCGAGGCUGCCAUAUUUUGAUGGUGAUUACUGGCCAGGAGCUGCGGAGGAGCUUAUCUAUCAAAUUCGUCAAGAGGAAGAAGGCAGAAAGCAGAAUAAGAAGGGACCAACGAAAAAGACAAUAACUAAAAGAGCUCUAAAAGCGUCUGGACAAUCUGAUCUUUCAGGAAAUGCAUCAAAGGAUCUGUUACUGAUGCACAAACUUGGAGAGACAAUCUCCCCAAUGAAGGAAGAUUUUAUUAUGGUUCAUCUGCAGCAUGCCUGCUCUCAUUGUUGUAUUCUAAUGGUUGCGGGGAAUCGAUGGGUUUGCAAUCAGUGCAAAAAUUUCCAGAUUUGUGACAAGUGCUAUGACGCAGAACAGAGACGUGAGGAAAGGGAUAGACACCCAGUGCAUCAUAGGGAGAAACAUACCCUCUAUCCUAAUUUAAUCACUAAUGUGCCAGAGGAUACUAAGGACAAAGAUGAAAUUCUCGAGAGUGAAUUUUUUGAUACCAGACAAGCUUUCUUGAGUCUCUGUCAGGGAAACCACUAUCAAUAUGACACCCUGAGGCGGGCGAAACACUCCUCUAUGAUGGUACUUUACCAUCUUCACAACCCGACUGCUCCUGCAUUUGUAACCACUUGCAAUAUGUGCCAUCUUGACAUUGAAGCGGGUCAAGGGUGGCGCUGUGAGGUGUGCCCUGAUUAUGAUGUGUGCAAUAGCUGUUAUCACAAGGGUAUUGACCAUCCUCACAAGUUGACAAAUCAUCCCUCUAUAGCUGAACGAGAUGCACAAAACAAGGAGGCCAGACAAAUGCGAGUUUUGCAGCUGAGGAAGAUGCUUGAUCUUCUGGUCCAUGCAUCCCAGUGCCGUUCAGCUCAAUGUCAGUAUCCGAAUUGCCGGAAGGUGAAAGGGCUCUUCCGCCAUGGAAUCCAAUGCAAGAUCCGUGCCUCUGGUGGGUGUGUCCUGUGUAAGAAGAUGUGGUAUCUCCUCCAGCUUCAUGCUCGAGCCUGCAAAGAAUCGGAAUGCCAUGUUCCACGUUGCAGGGAUUUGAAGGAACAUUUGAGAAGGCUGCAACAACAGUCCGAUACACGGCGGAGGGCGGCAGUCAUGGAAAUGAUGAGGCAGAGAGCUGCAGAGGUUGCCAGUAAUGCAGGAUGAGAUAGGGUCCAAACUUAACUUAAAUCUUAGCACAUAGCAACCGAAAAUCAGCAUUUUUGAAAAAAAAAAAAAAAUCCUCCUUCCCUUGAUAAGGCAUAAGGAUGGGAGAGGGAAGGAGGUCAAUUUAAUUUGUUUCGUGCUGAUUUGCUCUCAGCCGAUGAGGAGGCAACUGUUUUAUUUGCACCUCCUCGGGACCAGUUAGCCCCUCGAGGAAGAAGUGGAGUCCUCGACAGGAAAAGCUGCCUUCAGUAGUUGCAGUCGGGUAGAGUGUUUCUCCUCAGAAUCAAAUGAUGAUUAUCCGUCAAAUGCUCAAUUUGGUGAUUCUUGAAAUUGUAAUCUGUCUUCCCUUGUGUUCUGCCUGUGUCUGCUGGAAGAGCUGCCUUCUACUUUGGUGCUCGUUCCUUAUACUAUACUUCUUCCUCUUGCGCACAAAAGAGGUGGGAAAAGAAGAAGCAACACAGAAUCGGCAGGGAAUGGAAGUUAGGUUUCAGUUCGUUCGUUCGUUCUUCUUCUUCUUGUCAGUGUUUGUUGUCCCGUGUUAGUUAUAUCAAUCAUGAUGUUAUAGUUGGCGCCCUGUUUUUGUAGCUUUGUAAUGAGAACACAACUCUGGUGGGGGAUGGGGAGGGGGCAUCUGACAGUUAUUACAGCAAUUCUUUCCAUUGGCACUGUAAUGUUUUGUCUUGUACAGUACAUACAGUCUCAUUCUUCUCAUUGUAUAAGUUCCGACC